AUCACUUGUGCACAGAUGGCAAGCAGCACAGAGAUGGCACUCUUUGAUGUUACAAUGAGCUCAGCAGGUGAUCAUGGCUUUGACAGCGACGACCAUGAUCAUUUUAUCAUACUGAACUCAACGGGUGAAUAUGACUACUAUAGCCCUGUCGAAGACGAACUGCUGCCCAUGUCCCAUGUCUACAUUCCUGUGCUGUACUUCAUCAUGUUCUUUGCUGGCUUCUCGGGAAACCUGUUUGUCAUUGUGGUUGUAGGCAAUCGGCGUAAGAGAAAUGGCCGACUUGUGGACACCUUUGUACUGAACCUGGCACUUGCUGAUCUUGUGUUUGUCCUCACAUUGCCGCUGUGGGCUAUCGCGGCUGGUUACCGUGAGUGGCCCUUUGGUGAGCUACUGUGCAAGAUUAGCAGCUUCAUCAUUGCUGUCAACCGCUUUUCCAACAUCAUCUUUCUCACUUGCAUGAGCGUGGACCGCUACCUGGCUGUAGUGCGCCUAAUGGACUCUCAGUUCCUCCGGAGCACCAAGUGUGCCCAGAUCACCUGCGGCAUUGUGUGGAUUGUUUCUUUUCUCCUGGGAAUUCCAUCAUUGGUGUACCGUGGGUUGACAGACGGCACAUUGUGUUCCGAGGAUUCGAAAUCCUUGUUUGUCCAAGGAAUGAAUCUUCUGACGAUAUUUCUAACAUUCCUGCUACCCGUACUGAUUCUAGGCCUCUGUUAUGGGUCAGUUUUGGUAAACCUGCGCCGGCAUAGUCACGCUGCAGCAAAUGUCCGUGCAGGAGCCAGACGACGGCACUCUCUGAAGAUCGUAUUCACCAUAAUUUCAGUCUUUCUAGUCUCCUGGCUUCCUUUCAAUGUGUUUAAGAGUAUCCAAGUAAUCUUACUUCUAAGUGCAGGAGAGCUAAAUGCGGAUAAAAGGAUGCUCAUAAAUAGUGGACUCACACUAUCCUGCUGCCUGGCAUUUCUCAACAGUUGUGUAAAUCCAGCCAUCUACUUGUUCCUGGAUCAGCAUUUCAGACACAGAGCCUACGUUCUGUGUCUGACCUGCCUGGGUCAAAGAGAUGCGCACCAGAGCUAUAUCUCCUCUAAUUCUUUCUCUAACGGCACCUCUGAAACCUACCCUGGAAAUUCUUCUAGCCGUGGACGCCUUUUUUCACUCACUCAGAAGAAGUGAAUUCUGCUUUUUAGUCAGUAAUUUCAAGAAAGCUCGCUCUCUCUAUAAAUGAAACUAUCAAAUGAAACUAACACAUACAGUAUUCAUGAUUUUAUUUCACUUUUAGUAAUAAAAAGACAGUAAUAUGCAUUAAUUAAUCAUAGCAUUGCAUUUAUUAUUAUUAUUUUUGCAUGAAUUUUAUAUAUACUUUUGAGCAAUGCUCCAUACAUUUCUUUACUUAAUUUCUUAGACUGCAUUGUUAGACUGUAUUGUAUGUAUAGAUUAUAAUGUUGUAACUUUAAUUUAGCGAACAAGAUCAUUUUAAAUAAAUUGUUUGAAAUUAUUUGCAAGAAAUGUAAGUAUGUAUGCAAAGAUUUGACAUUUUAAUUAAGCAAUCCAAUAAUUUUUAAUAAUAAAGAAAGCACCAGUAAUCUACAUGGCCAUUAUAUCUAGCAAUUUAGUGCUGAUUACGAAUAUGCAAUAUUUAUUAAGUUUAUACCUAGACAGACUGCAGACUUUGUUGUAUUUACUUGUGUAUGAAUUCUAAUUUUCAAGUCUCUUUUGAUUUUUUUUUAAGGUCAUUAUACCAUAAAUGAAACUAUUUAAUUUACAUUUUUACUCUAUUUAAUUUACAAAUUUACAUUUAAUUUUCAGGUGUUGAGAAACAAUGUCAUGCUGUUGCUAUUAUUUAGUAAAAAUGCCUACCGUUCUUCU